AUGAGUGAACAGGUUUCGGCGAAUGGGCAGUCGAAGGCCAGUUUACUCAACAAUUUAAAGCCAGUGGCAUCAUAUACGGCAACCAGAGAAAUGGCUAAGAAAAUGCAACCACCUAGUCCUCUCCCAGCAACAAAUACCACAGGGACAGGCUUUUUGACGUCUGCGGGGCCAGAUUCGGAAACAACGGUAUGUGGUAAUGCUGAUGGGGCUAGGAUGCAGAUAAGCCAUUCUUCUCAUAUUUUGCCUACCGUGAAUGCUAAACAAUUUGAACUUCAACCGCAAUUAACAACUCUCAAAGAUGUUCAGAUGAAGCAGAAGACAAAUGUACCCGCUUUGGUAGUGUCAGGAGAAGAAAUGAACAGAGAGAAAGGACUUAAUUCAGCAAUAAAUUUGAGGGCUUCGCCCCCUGCUAGUCAGAGUCACCAACAGCAGCAGCAGCAAAAGACGAUGUUUUCAAAUGAAUUUCGAGAUGCCGAAACCAGUGAAGAAACCCAAAAACAGUUAGUGAUUCUAAUGAAUACACAUACUUAUCUUCUUUGGGUCAAAGUAAUUUGA